GGGCAGGUAUGCCUUCGGAGAACACACCCAUUACAAUAGCCAUGAGAUGAGAGCAGGACUCUUACCCAAAAAAAAAAAAAAAAGAGAUGAGAGCAGGACUCUAUUGGACCUGCUAUCUCUCAUCAGUUUCAGUUUCAGUUUCAGUUUCAGUUUCACGUUCUCGGAAAGGCAAAAUGCAAAUGGAACUCCAUCUCUUCCAUUAGAAAUUCCUUUUUUAGUUAACGGAGUUGGAUCAAUCUUCGACUAAUGUAAUCUCGAGGGCUCGAGCAGAGCAAGUUCGAUCGCAUUCAUCAGUUGAGGUCUGGUUUCGUCAGAUACUCUGGGCGCCUGGAAAUUGCUUGUGUUCUUGAGAUUUUCUUUUGGCGUAUUACUUUCUGAUUAAGAGGUUGGGUUGCUUAUCAUAUCACCGGAUCUCUAAAGUUCAGAAUUUGUACUUGAUUCCCCUCAAUUGCGGUGCCAGGGUGGGGGCUUGGAUCCUGAAGAGGUCUAAUAGAUGGAGUUUACACAUUGAUCGCCAAGAGCUAGGCAAUGUCGACACAGGAGAGCGAGAUUAAUGGAAUGCCGGAAUUUCAUAAAGGUGUUACCGUAAAAUCAGAAGAACAAGUAUCAGACAUAAAUCAUGACAGAGAUGGAUUUCUAAUCAAGGGCAAUGCGGUGCCUGAUAGGGCCCAGUACCCUGGUUGCGAUGAGACUCAUGACCAGCUUGUACAGAUGGUUAUUGAACUCAAUUUUCAGAAUAUAUAUCUGAAGGCUCAUAUUGAAGGCUUGAAGACUCUGCAAUUGGAUUCUAGUGGGAUCUGUGGGACAAAAAUUGAAACCGAGCAGGAAGGGAGUGUGACUGAAAAUGUCAAGGAGCUACAUGAAAAGAUAGAAUCUUUGAAUAGAGAAUUAUUGGAGCAAAAGCAAGCCCAAGACGCUGCAGAGGAUGCUUUGAAGCAUCUUCGUGCAGCAUACUCCGAGGCAGAUGCUAAAGCCCAAGAACUGUCUGCCAAGCUUGCAGAAGUUGAACAGAAGAUGGACCAAGAAAUAAAAGAGCGUGAUGAGAAGUAUAAUGAACUCGACUCCAAGUUUGGUAGGCUUCAUAAAAGAGCAAAGCAGCGUAUUCAGGAAAUACAGAAGGAAAAGGAUGACCUUGAAGCCCGCCUUCAUGAUGUGAAUGAAAUGGCUGAACGAGCAUCAUCCCAGCAAACAUCAUUGCAGCAAGAGCUAGAACGCACACGACAUCACGCAAAUGAAUCAUUGCGCACGAUGGAUGUGGAGAGGCAACAAUUACGAACUGCAAACAAUAAACUUCGAGAGACCGUUGAUGAAAUACGCCGUUCAUUGGGGGCCAAGGAGAAUGCUCUCGAAGGAUUGCAGCAGUCUCUCUUUGAGAAAGAGCAGGUCUAGACACAUGACUACUUUUAAAGUACGGCUAUAUGUGUGCGAUUGCGCAUGCACACGUGUCUAAUUUUUCUCUUAAUAGUCAUUAUAUCCUUGAAACUACAUAUUCUCUUUGACUUUGUCCUGAUGGCUAUGAGUUACAGGGAAGUUAACAUUCUUGAUGUUCAAGGCUUUGCUGUUGUUAGUAUGGCCAUGCUCCUGUAUAUGGCAUACGUUUUUGCAAGAAAAUAUACCUGUCUUGGUUGUCACGAAAUAAAAUAAGCCGGUGUCAUGCUUAUUCAUGUCUUGUAUGUUUGCAUCAACACCCUGUUGUGCUAUUUCAGAUUGGG